AUGUUGAUGGAAGCUGGGAAGCUGCCCCUGCUGCCCCCACAGCUGGACUGGUUCUUGCACAAGCAGGUGGCCCAGCUGACUGAAGAUGGGAACCCUGAGUGGUUCCAUGGGGCCAUCUCGGGAGAGGCUGCUGAGAACUUGUUAGAGUCCCAGCCCCCAGGGGCCUUCCUCAUCCCGGUGAGCCACAGACACAAGGGCUACACUCUUUCCUCCAAAGCUCUGAUCUGCUUCCGCCACUUCAUGGUGAAGCUGCUGGACGAUGGCUGUGUCCCCAUCCCUGGGAAGGCCCACACCUCGCUGGACACCCUGGUCACCCGCCACGGGUGGACCUGCUGA